AUGGAGGUGGAGGCUUUGCAGCUCCACGGGGAACGGCUCCGAGCUAAACGUGUGGAGGCAAAAAACGCUGCCGGUCCCUCCCCGCUGCGGGAACGGGGUGUUGAAAGGUCCUGGGAAGGGCGAGGAGAGCUCUCUGUGCUGGGGCUCCAUCUGUUGCUGUUCUUUAUCCGGGAGAGCCGGGGCCGCCCGGGGGCUGCAGCCGAGGAGGAGGCGGCGGCCGACCCCAGAUGCCAACGCUCCGGUGAGCAGCGACAGCCACGGGAGAGUGGAGGAGCUCAUGGAAUAGAGGAGGCGAGACCCCGGCGCGGUGUCACCGAGCGGGACCCGGAGCAGCCCGAGGCAGAGACAGGAGCCGGACAUGCCAGAGCCAACCCCGCUCGGCGGGGACAGGAAAGCGGCGGAGAAGAAGCGGGUGGAGAAGUCCCCAGGACCCUCCCCGUGCAGAGCAAGGCGGAGCCGCCCAGCCUGGACGCGGCGGAGGAGCCGCUGCUCUGGGAAGGGCUCACCCUCAACAAGUGCAUCCUGGUGGCCUCCGUGGUGGCCCUGCUCAGCGUCACCUUCCAGCUGCUCCAAGCUCCAUGCUCCAAGGAGGGACUCGCCCGCGGCCGGCAGGAACCCCCGCCCCCUCCCAUUCCCGAGGUCGUGAGCCCCAAGGCGGAGGAGAUCCCAGAGGCGGGCACUGCCCAGCCCGCGCCGCCGCCGGAGAGCAGCGUGGUGGAGGAUGAUGGUGAUGACGAAGACGGCGACGAUGACGAUGAGAGCGAAGCUGACAGCAACCUGGCAGAACCCUGGAUCUUCAAGAAGUGGUUUGGCCGCACAACACCAGAGGAUGAGGAGAAGGAUGGGGACAAGGAUGAGGACAAGGAGGAGGAUGAGGACAAGGAUGAAGAACCUGAAGAUGUCCCCGAGGUGCCAAUGGCUGUGAUGGAGGGGAAGAAGAGCCAGGAGAAGCAGGAGAAGGUGGAGGAGGAGGAGGAAAAGGAGGAGAAGGAGGAAGAAAAAGAGGAGAAUGAGGAGGAAGAGGAGGAAGAGGAGGAAGAGGAGGAGGAGGAGGAGAAGGAGGAGAAGAAGAAGAAGGAGGAGAAGAAGGAGAAAGCCCGGGAAGGCCGUGCUGUGCAUGCGGAGCGGAGCAGCCGGAGGGAGGCACGAGCCAAGGACAGGACACCGCGGGACAGAGCCGGCAGAGCCCCCAGGGCCCCCAGGGAACCCGAGCAGCAGCCCCAGAAGAAGCAGGACCGGGAGAGGAAGGAGAGGAAGGAGAGGAAGGAGAGACGGCGGGAGCGGGAUGAGCCCCGGAGGGAGGGGUGGAAGGGCCGUCCCGGCAGGGGUGACGGCGGCCGGGAGAGCCCGAGGAGGGACUGGAAGCAGCAGAAGGGCCGGAAGCCCUGGGCGCCGGAGCCGGGCAGGGACGGCAGGGCCAGGGAGGGCAAGAGGCGCGACUGAGGCCGGGGCGGGCGCGGGGCUCGAUGAUCCAGGGGGAUCCAAUCCCACCACUGCCCCCGGCAAAAGACCCCCGCCCCUGCCCGCCCUCCGGAGACACCCCCGGCUCUCCAGCACCCCAGGACCCCCGAGCAGCAGCAGAGCAGCCCAGGAGCCUGGCACGAGCCUCCCCGAGGACUUUGGGCCCCCCUGGAUCAAAGGCGACCUGAAAGGAUUCAUGGAAGGAGCUUCUUGGGACCUCGUUACUUCUCCAUGCCCACCCCAAGCCCCUGUGCAGUUCAUCUCCCCUCGUGGCUCCGGGGCAGCGCGGGGAUCCCAGCGAACAGAGUUGUGCCCAGACUCCGCAGCUCUUGGGUUAAUGGUUUUAUUGAAAGCUAAUCAAGAGAGAGGAAUAUUCUGGGUUACAGAACCAGGCUGCAGCCGUCCUCAGAGGGACAUCAGGGACAGACCCCACACCUCACCCAGCCCGGUGCCACUGCUGCGGGGUGGCCCCGGAGGUGCUGGUGACAGAGCAGGGCUGGAGCCCUUCACCCAGGGAUUCCUGCGGGCCUCGCCUUCUCCGAGUCGCUUUUAGGAAGGAAACACAAGAGCAAUAUCACACAGCCAGAGACGUUCACAGCCCCGACCCGUGGCAGGUUUCAGUAUUUGCUAAAAUCAACAGCGGUUAAAAUAAACUGUUUUCAUUUUUAAUAAGGUAUUCAACUGGAUGUUUAACAACAACAACCAAAAAAAAAAAAAAAAAUGGAAAAAGAAGGAAAAUGAGAAAAGC